UUUGAACUUCCCAGAGCCUUCGCCCUUCUCCCAAUGGGUACCCCAAGCGUAAUGGCACUGAGACCCAUCUGACUCCGGAUCCAGGUACCACAGGAGGGACCCACAACCUUGUUUAAUACCCGCGGGGAGUCGCCUGAGGAUAUUUGUGCCUAAAAGAGAAGAGCAAGCUGGAGUGUUCAGGAGGGAAUAAUAUUGAAUAGUUAUUACAGAAUGUUAAUUUUCUCUGAGGACUAGAGUGCAUUCAUCCAGGUUUCAAGUAUUCAAGAAACGAUUGUACAAGCAAAGCGCCGUUGGGCACCAAGGACCAAAGUUGGAGAGCAACAUUUUGAGAAUCUCAGCCAUAGGCCAACCAGGACGGAUCUAGAUGAAAGUAAUAAGCCCCACAAUGUACAUGUAAGAGGCUACACAAGAAAAGAUUGUUUUCCGAUCACUGAAACAUACUUUGCAAUGGCAGAGUGAGGGGCAGUCCCGGAGGAAGAAGUACCUCGAAAGAAGAACACAGACAGGAAUUGCUGCGCCCUGCAGGGCUCACUCUGACCAUCGGUGUGCACUUGUGUAUUGCCACCCCAUCAGCUCCAGCGGAGGGUCAGCCAGAACAGACAUCUACCACCUGAUGUGGUUCCUGGAGCGGCUCCGUUUGGAUCCCGAGCGCCUCCUGCGGGGCGGAAACGGGCUUUUCCAAGGUCGGGGCAGCAGAACCACGGCGGUCACACCCGCCACUUGCACAAACGUGCUCACCCCGGACCGCAUCCCGGAGUUCUGCAUUCCCCCACGACUCGCGCCCUGCUCGGCCCCGGCUGCACUCCCGGACUCUUGGGGCGAAGAAGCAGGGACCGACCACGGCGCCGGGAGCACCGACUGGGACCCGCGCUCGCAGGCCGCGCUCUCGCUGCCGCACCUGCCCCGCGCGCGCACCGCCUACGGCUUCUGCGCGCUGCUCGAGAGCCCGCACACCCGCCGCAAGGAGUCGCUCUUCCUCGGCAGCCCCGGCGCCGCCGCCCUCCUGCGCGCGCCCGCCGCCCCGGCCGCGCCGCGCCCCCGCGCCCACACCUACAGCGGCGGCGACGCCCCGGGCCGGCCCCCGAGCGGGGCCCCCGCCGCCCCCGCCGGCGGCCCCCGCCCGCUCCGGGACCCGCUCGCGCCUGCGCCCCGCGGCCGCCGCCUCCUGCGCGCCCCCGAGGGGCUGCUGAGCCGCGCGCGGCGGGCCCGGAGGAGCCUCGGCCUGGCUCGCGCGCGCUCCGUCUCCAGCGGAGACGAGGACGGCGCCCCCGGCCCCUCCGCGUGCCCGCCGCCGGCCCCCGCCGCGCUGCCCGAGCUCCUGGAGGCCGAGGGCACCGUGCCUCUGGGCCGCGCCGGGGGAGCCCUGCGCCUGGCCCUGCAGUACAGUCCGGCCGGCGGCCGCCUGCGCGUCCGGCUGCUCGGCGCGGAGGGCCCGGCCGGAGGCAGCGCCGAGCCCCGCGCCGCCGGCUGCCGCGUCAGCUUCGUCCUGCAGCCGCCGGGCAAGACGCGCCGGCAGCGCGGCGCCGUGGUCCUGCGGAGCCGCAAGGCCGUCCUGGACCAGGACUUGUGCUUGGACGGGCUCUCGGAGGACGAAGUGCGCCGCCUGGCCGUGCGCGUCAAAGCGGAGCACGCGGGCCGCGGCCUGGAGCGGGGCGAGCUGCACUUGGGCUCCCUCCUGCUCCCCUGAGGACCCGGGUGCUGCCCUCGGGGCGCUCCCGUCGGGGCGCGUUCUGCCCGCUGGCCACUCGCCCAACUACAGCUGCUAUGUACAAAAUAAACGUGUAUUUAUUCUUCUUUUUGGCCUCUCUUUCAGUUCGUUAGCAGAGAUCGUCCUGAAUUAAUAUCACAGUAAACGAUGUAAUAUUUUGUGUGGAUUCUUUUAACUUUCCCCCCCAACAAAUGGCAUGGUGUUCUGCAGUAGUGUUUCCUGUAUAGUAGCCCAUUACAUUUCAUAUGUUCCCCCGAAGUUCCUAUUGGGCAAUAAGGACUCACAGAAGCGUAA